AUGCCAACAAAUACAUUGACAGGUGUUUGUGAGAAUAAUGAUAUUGCAUCUACACCAGUAAAGGAGGACUUGACAUCCGUCACUGGUGCUCCACUUAAAUUGGUGGCUGCUCUAUGUGAGAGUUCCUUAUCACCCUAUACACUACAAUGGGGCUUCCUUCUCACCAAUGACAUGACCCUAUACUUCAAUCCUGUAAUGGUUUGCCUUACAGUCUAUGGGAUGACCUGGGUAUCACCUCAGAAUACUGUCACCACCAUCAUUAUCUCCAAAGAUACCAGUGUCUACCUCUUAUGUCCUACAUGCUUCCAACCUAAUACCAAUCAAGCAUGCUCCAAGUCCACCUCAUUCAAAUGUUCUUGCAAGUCUGGAUGGACUGGAGCUACAUGUGAUACAGAUAUCAAUGAGUGUAAAACUGGAGCUGCACAAUGUACACCGGAUCAGACAUGCAUCAACAAUAAUGGAAGCUACACUUGUGUGUGCCCUCCAAAUACAUUCCUAUCAGGUGAUGGUGGAUGUAUAAGUUUGAAGAAGGAUCCAUUCAUUACAAACACUUCAUCAUUAUCGGAGGAAGGUGGAAUGUUGACCAUUGUAGGUGGUAACUUUGGUAAUGAUACAAAGAUGAUCUCUGUCAAUGUUGGAUCAUACCAAUGUACAAAUGUCACAUUCCUCAAGACCAACGAAUCAAUCAUAUGUGGUCUAUCAAGACUCGAUCCAAUCAGUUAUAUAAUAUUUGUCAAAGUUAACCAAACAUCAUCCAAUGGCUACUACAUCACAAUACGUGCAUCUACACCCAUCCAAGACUUCUGUACCAACAACAAUUGUAGUGGAAAUGGUCUUUGUUCCCAAGGUUACUGUCAAUGUCUACCUGGAUUCACUGGUAGUCUAUGUGAACGAAAGACAUCAACAUCUGAUAUAAUACCAAGUGCAGACAUUCCAUCAAUGACAAUGGUAGUUGGUAAUGAGAGUUAUACAAUAUCAUUAGUAUCCGUUGAUGAGAUGUUGGAUACAGAUUCAUUAUACAAAUCAAUCAACUUGAAACAACAACGUUGGAAGUUAUCAACAACAUAUUCAAAGUGGACAUAUCAGACUUCAUUACCAAAUGGUGCCUUGAUCAAUAGUACUUUCGAAUACUUUAAGGACCCACUCAAUGUAACAUUUGGUAGACAAGUGAUUGUGAUGGAUGCUAACUCACUCAAAUUGUCAGUAUCCAUCUCCAACUGGACUUUCCAAUCACAAAUGAGCACUCUUACACUCAAUAUUGCAACUGAUGCAUCGAUCAACUCUUCAUCCACCUGCAUCAAAUCAAGUAAUACAUCAAUAAUGACACAACGAUCAAUUGUUGAUGGCAGGGAUGUAAUUGCAAGGAUCAAGACAAAGGUGGAUGGAUCAUUGUUCAUCUAUGGAAUGAGUGUACCGUACUUUUCAAUGAGUGCACUGUUCGAUCCUGAUUAUAGUGUAUUCUUAACAUUGGAUAGUGAGAAGGAUCAAUGUUCAACAAAGGUAGCCGAUGAAGACAUGUGGAAGAUAUUGACGGGUGCAAUCAUUGGAGGUAUCGUGGUGUUAUCAAUCGUCACUGCAGUCACUGUAUUAUUGAUCAAGAAGUACAAACAUGAGGAUGCCACCAAGAAGAUGCAUGCCAAGAUAUCAAACUUUACUGAUUCCAAUGAUAGUGGAUUAUAA